GUCCCUUGGAGCGGGAGCGGCGGCGUGGUGCGGGCCGGGCCGGGGCAAGGUCUCCGGUUCAGCCUCGGAUGUUCUGGACAGCCCCAUGAUCCAGCAUUUUGGAGAGUCCCCAGGGCUGCAGGUCCUGGUGGGGUGUGAGAGAGGGACUGAAUUGGGAGCACUGGUGUGGACUGGCUGUCGAUCAUCCCCCGGGAGCCACACCAGGAGCGCUACACUGGUCUGUACUGGUCCCGCCAUGGCUCUGCCGUCUGCUGGUCUCCUUCCCGGGCUUCUGCUGGUGGCCGAUGCCCUGACACUGGUGUUACUGGUGCCGCUGGUGCCGGUGCUGGCUUCGCUGGGCGUAGCGGGCGUGUGGCUCGAGGCCGCCCUGCGGCUGCCUGUCCUGGCCGUGGCCACCUGGCUGCUGCCCCGGCGAGGUCCCUCCGGGGCCACCUCCGCCGCCGUCACGGUCGCAAUCACCCCCGCGGCUUUCGGAACGCUCCGGUACCUCCUGGGGCCACCCGGAGCUGGGACGGGGCUGUUGGUGGCCGCCACUCCCGCAUGGCUCGGGGUCACUCACGCAGCUGCCGCACUGGCCCUGCUGGCCUGGGCCGUGCCCCCGGCCCCCGGCGGUAUCACUGAGACCCCUGGCGAUGUCACUGAGACCCCUGGCGCCGUUCCCAAAGCUCCUGGCACCCUCCGGCGCGCUCUGGCCCUGACCUGGGAGGAGCGGAAAGUCCUUGGAGCUGCCUUCCUCUGCCUCGUGCUGGCAGCCGUGGGGGAGACGUUGGCACCAUACGCCACUGGGAAGGUGCUGGAUGCUAUCGGGAGUGGGGAUGGACUCACCGCAGGAGCCAUUGGGAUGGUGGCGGCUGCUGGAACCACCAGCGUGCUGUUUUCCGGGUGCCGUGGGGCGUUCUUCCUGCUGUUGAAAGCACGUCUCCAUCGGAUCCUGAGUCUCCGGCUCUUCUCCCAUGUGGUGCACCAAGACCUGGACUUCUUCCAGGGAGUGUCAGCAGCUGAGCUCUUGGCUCAGUUUUCCGUGGAAGUGCCACGGGUGUGCGAGACAGCGCCGAAAGGAGCCAACCAGCUGUUCCGAAGCCUGGGAAUGGCCCUGGUGGUGGGGGCAUUCAUGGUGGGGCUGGCACCGGGGCUGGCGCUGCUGGCACUGCUGGAGCUGCCCCUUGGAAUCGCCAACCACCGCAUCCAGAGUGCCCGGAAACAGUCCCUUCAGCAAUCCAUGCUGGAAGCAUCUGCCCGGACAGCCUCAGGGGUGCAGGAAUCUGUUGCCGCCAUGGAGACGAUCCGUAUCUUUUCGGCGGAGGAGGAGGAGGAGGAGCAGCACAGCUGGAACCUGGCCAAGGAGCUGAGGCUGAGGGAGCGGAUAGACCUGGAGCUGGCAUUCUUCACCCUUGUCCACAGGGUGAUUGAGCUGACCAUCCGGGUCCUGGUACUCUUCCGGAGCCACCAGCUGCUCCGUGACGGAUACAUCACUCCCGGGGUCCUGGUCACCUUCCUGCUGUACCAGGACACAGUUGGCAGCCAUGUCCAGGUGCUGCUCUCCGGCUUCAAUGAAUCCGUGACCAAUGCAGCUGCCGGACGGAAGAUCUGGGAGUACCUGGAUCGGAAACCCACAGGGAAUGUCAGGGGGACGCGGGAGCCCCCCGAGCUUCAGGGACACGUCACUUUUCAGAAGGUCUCCUUCGCAUAUCCUGGGAAUCCAGAGCAGCCUGUGCUGAAGGAUGUAACCUUCGAGGUGCGUUCCGGGGAGGUGACAGCACUGGUGGGGCACAAUGGGAGCGGGAAGAGCACAACUGUGGCACUGCUGGAGCGGCUGCGGGAUCCUGGGAGUGGGAAGAUCCUGCUGGAUGGGAUCCCGCUGCCAGAAUAUGAACACCAGUACCUGCACCGGAAGGUGGUGCUGGUGGAGCAGGAUCCCGUCCUGUUUUCUGGAACGAUCCGUGAAAACGUCAUGCUGGGGCUGGAGAACUGCAAAGAGUCAGAGCUGCGGGAGGCUGCCAUUGCUGCUGGAGCCAUGGACUUCAUCCAGGGACUGGAGCAGGGCUGGGACACUGAGGUGGGGGAGCGUGGGGGGCGGCUGGCAGCAGGGGAGCGGCGCCGUGUGGCCCUGGCCCGGGCUCUGCUCCGGCGCCCAGCCGUCCUCAUCCUUGACGAGUCACUGGAUGACGGAGACGAGGGGGCGGCACAGCGCUGGUUGCGCACUGGGCUGGCCCGGACCGUGCUGGUCGUGUCCCACCGUCCACGGGUGCUGGAUGUGGCUGAUCGCCUUGUGGUGUUGGACCACGGAGCUGUGGUGGAAACUGGAACGCCAGCGGAGCUGCGGGAACGCUGUGGGGUCUACAGCCGCCUGCUCCUUGGAGGAGGCAGGACUGGGGGGCCAGAGGCCCCCAACAUGGGCAGCGAGAAGGGGGCUGCACUUGGCAGGGAAUAAAGGGGAAUUAGCUGCAUUCCUGGUAUUUGUGUCCCCAGCCACCUCCUGGUGUCCCCAGUCACAGUGUCCUGUGAAUCCCUUAUCCCCACAUCCUCUGGAUCCCAACUCCCUGUGUCACCUUGGUCCUUGUAUCCCCCAUGUCCCCACUGUGUCUCCCAGGUCCCCCCAUUCCCUGGAUCUCUGUCCUCUGGAUCCCCACUCCCCAUGUCCCCUCUAUCCUUCCUUGUAUCCCCCAUGCAGAGAUCACCUGUAUCCAAGCACCACCAUUUCCCCAUUUCCCUGGCCCCCAUGUCCCCCAUGUCUGCUCCUGGACAUGGGACACAGAGUGGGAAAUAAAUCCCAAGGGAUGGAUCUGGGUGCGGGUGUCGUAUCCUCAUCCUACUCCUGCUGUGCUCACUCCAAGCUCCUAGUGUCCCCUGUCCUUUCCCAGUGUCUCCAUACCUAUCCCCAGUCUUCGUCCUAGUUCCCCAUGUCCCCUUUUUUAUUCCUGGUUCCCAGAGAGGAACUGCUGGGCACUGGAGGUUUAUUGCCCAAUCCAGGGUGUUUUCACACCAGAAUUAAAACAUUUGGAAUAAUUGUAAUUCUUGUGUUUAAAACAUGGGAAAACGGAAAGUCAAUCUUCUGCUUUGUAACUACCUAACAACUAAGCUUAAUAGCUAAUCUUCUAUGUGUUCUCAGUACAAGCUGUUUCUUUACUUUUACAAAA